CAGGACUUACAAAUUCCGGAUUCCGAACCAACUCCUCCGAGAAUGAUUUCCCAGAAUCUUUCCUUUUAGCGCCCCUCAGAAUCCAUCUUUCACCAGAAUUUCCUUCCUUUUAAAGUCUUCUCCCAGAAUCCCACUCUUCAGAGCCCUCACCCAGACUUCCUCUUUCCCUGAAUCUUUCUCCAUUCAAGAGCCCCAGAAUCUACUUCUGCCCGCAAUCCACCUUUCCCAGAAUAGCCCCGUUAGAAUCCCCUUUUCACAAAAUCUCUCUCGUUUUCAGAGCCCCCUCCUUCAAAAUCUACAUUUCCUAAGAAUUCUUUUUUUUUUUUCCCUAAGAAUUCUUUUCCUUUCAGAGCCUCCUCUUGCCAGCAGCUGGCUUCCCCUCGAUUUUCCACUCCUUAGAAUCCCACCCUCCAGAAUGCCCCACUUGAGGGUCCCCACCCUAGAAUCCCUCUUUCUCCAGGGUCUUUCAAAUCAUCUCUUCAUCCCCUCCCCCCGCAAAUCAUCCUACUCUCCAGGCUUCUCCCCCACAGAGUUCUCUAUCCCCAGUAUCCCCCCAUCCCAUCUGAGGAACCUCAGGAUUGAGUUGCCCCUUUGCUCCCCCAAACUCAGGAUACUCCUUAGGGUCCCAGCCAAAAGGUUUCUCUCUCAGACCUGCAGAGAGCCCACAGUUUCUUCAGCUUCUCUGGCAGCCCUGAGUCAGAGGUCCAAAGUUCAAAGGGCCAUGGUGACUCACCUUGUGCCUGGAAGGUGGAGAUGGGGUGGAGGUUGCUGGGCGGGCCUGUGGCGGGAGGGAGGAUCCUCCAGCCCAGAGUCUAGCUCCAAAAGGGUAAGAGAGAGGAGAAGUGAAGGGAGGGGCCCCCCAGAGGCUGACUUGGGGGGGGCAUACAGACAGAUACACAGCACAAGAGAGACAGGCACACAUGAAGGAAAAAGACAAAGAAGGGGCCAAUGGAGAAGAGGAGAAAGAAGAUAGACACAGGGUCAAUCACAGAAUGACCCAGAAAACACAAGUGGCGGCGAUUCGGAGGCAGAGAGGCCAGCCCUCAGAGAAAGAAGACGGACAGGAUGCUGGGCUGGGACCAGAGAAAGCCUGGGCGGUGGGCAGGGUGCCCAUGUGGCCGCUCUGGACCAUCCUCCUGCUGGUACGACCCUUGGGAGGCCUAGGAUCACCCCUCUGUCCUCGGGAGCCUUUCUACUUCCUUGUUGCCAUCAUGAAGAUGCUGGGAAACAAAAAUGAUGGCACUCUCUACACACCAGAUGACCUCUCGGUGUGUCCUGCUGAGACUCUAGGGUGCUUCCGGCUAGAGCUGUCUGUGAUCCAGUUCGAAGAGGGCCCAUCCCUGGGGAUUGCCGUGUUCCGGCUACAGCGUCUGCUGGAUGCACUGGGGUCCCGGCUGUGGGUGACUGGCCAGGGCCCUUGUCCACCCUGCGAAGGACAUCCCCAGAGACCUGUCCCUCUCUUUCUGGCCAAGCUCUUGGAGUUAUUACAGGGGGCAUGUGCUCGGCACCGGCCCUCAGCAUGAGUCUUGGAGGACACAGACUGCCUGGUACUGCUGCUGGAGAGGCUUGUUGGAGAGAGGGGGAGAGGAUGUGGUCUCUAGCCCCAGCUUCCAGUCCUAAGCCUUCUCCUUCUAGGCCAGAGGACUUCAUGUGCAGUCCAAGGAGCCAAGGGGAAGAGGAGAGAAGGAGGAAGAUCUGAAGCCUGAAAUCUCUGGCCUCCUAGGGUGUGGGGGCCCCCCCAUCUGGUCCUGUUCUCCCUCUCAGAUACUCCCUCCUCUCUCCUCUAUGAGGAAGGGACAAAGCAUGGCACAGGUGUCUUCUUUUUUUUUUUUUUUUUUUUUUUGGCACAGGUGUCUUCUAACCUAAUCCCACCUCUAGAGGACAAGGGGAGUCUUGUACCUCAAGUCCCUGACUGCAAAUAAUUACCACCUGGAGAGCUUUUAAGUAAUACUGAUGGUUAGGCCCCAUCCCAGAGAUGUUGAUAAUUGGUCUCUGGCAGAUUCUGAACACCAUAGAUUUAAAAUCAACUUCAUUGAGGUGUAAUUUACAGAUAGAUAGCAUACAUUUUAAGUGUACAUUUCAAUGAGUUCUGACAAAGGUAUACCCACAGCCACAUUUCCAUCACCCCAGAGCGUCCCUCAUGCCCUUUCCCUGUCAGUCUUCACCUACAGUAGUAGACACCCACUAAUCUGCUGAGUGUAGAGAUCAGUUUUGCUUUCUCUAGAGUUUCAUAUGAAGGGAAUUGUACUAGGUACAUAUAUCCAUGCUAGUGUUUGGCUUCUUUCACUCAGCAUGAUGUUUCUGAGAUUCAUUCAUGUGCUUAUCAACAGCUUAUUACUAUCCCAUUGUAUAGAUGCACCCCAAUUUGUUUUAUCCACUGUCUUUAUGAUGGCUAUCGGGUUGUUUCCACUUUCCGGCUACCUUGUUUCCACUUUGCAGCUACAGUGCAUCGCUCUCUUCUUGCAUCAUCUUCUGUACUGCUGGGGUUGAGCGUUGGGAACCACGGACACACCAAACUUCCUGUGGCGGGGAAAUUACUGUUCCCUCUCAUUCCUGCAGCGACAUCAAAAGGCAUUUUGUAUGUGGAAUCCUGUUUUGAAGAGCUGCUGUUUAAGGGAACCAAGCUUCCUUUAAGAAGGGGAAACAUUGUUAUAGAGCAACCAGGCUUUCCUCCCCACCCCCGCGUUGGUUUCAGUCUGGGGUUGUUGGAUCAGGGAGUGUGUGCUCCUAUAGGCACCCACGUGUGGUAUACUCAUUCCCUGGUAGCUGUCCUGUGAGCCAGCUGGUGGGCCAACCACACUAUACUACCCUGUAACUAGGUGCAUAUUAAAUUUCUGUAAAUUGAA